AUCAAGAAACAUGUAUUUUGAAUUCCUGCUCAGAACAGUUUGGGUAAUGUCCGUGUAACGUUUUGUACUUUGCGUUCAUAUACCCGUGGCUGACAUGUGGGAAAUGUUUGGGCCACUUUUGGGAUCUGUGAGGAGCGGAGCUGCGUUGAAAGUGGCACCUAGCGAAGUCUGCUAGCUUGUUGUUUAACAGUGAAAUUUAUAUGUCUGGUGGCAACAAACAGCGGCCCAUCUCUCACAAUGAACUUUGUCUUUGUUGUUUAUUCACACACACGGGGAAGUGAAUAAGAAAAGGCAGGAAAACAGUCUCUGGAGCUGCAGCAAGUUACCGGUUCUGCAAUAUCUGUCUUUUCAAAUUAUGGCUGGUGUUGUGGCUAUGGCAUCUGUCAUUGAGGACUUUGACACUCAGCCUUGCAAGAAAUCUCGCAAAGAUGGUGGCAGUCCUGUCGUUAAGACCAUCACAAAUUAUUUCUCUCCUGUGACCAAGCCUGUGGAGAAACCCUUCUCCCCUCCUCGCUCCAGCAACAUUAUGAACUACUUUAACCGGAGGGCUCCGUCCUCUAAGGAAAAGACCAGCUCACCAGAACAGUCUAAAGAGAACUGUCAGACCUCUAAGUCUGCAGAAAAACAUGCCAGCCCAGAGGCAACAGUGAAACAGCCAUCUCAGAAAAGGGGUAGAAAGACCAUCAAAGCUGCAAGGAAACUUGUGGAGGCUGAAACUGUUAGCUCUACAGAGGAGGUGAGCUGCCUGAUUGUAGAAGAACCACAUGAGGGCAAAGGCUCAGCAGCCGAGGUGACCAGUAGCUGUGGGGUCCUUGGUAGUGAGACAGCAACUCUGUUGGCCCAGUUUAGUGCUGAGGCUUUCCUCACUGCUGGAACAUCAGGGAGGAGUGCCACUAUGACUGUCAGUGGUGAGCAGGCAGUAAAAGAUGAAGAUGGUUCCAGAUGUGGGAACGGCGUCAAACUUACACCAGAAGUGAAGAGCAAUCCCUUAUCUCCAGUCGUACCUUUGAGAGAUAAGGCAAAACAGGUCAAAACUGCUGCACGAAAUUCUAGGAAGAAGCUUCAACAGGAGGCAAAGCAACCAGAAUCAGAGGAGGGAGAGGCAGAAAGCUCCUUGUGUGAUGUUAGCAUGGAGAUUAAUGUGGAUGGGGCCUCACAGUUAAACAACAGCACAGUCACAAUAUCCUUUGAGGAUUUUGUGCGAAGUCAGAGUCAGGAUGAGGGUGAGGAGAACACAGAGGAUGAACUGGGCAAAGAAGAAGAAAGUAAAAUUGCAACAGAAGCAGAGGAAAUUGGCACUGACCGGCUGGAAAAUUUGGGUUCUGGGGUGUCAUCACUCCAAGUCUCACCCCGAACUGUCACCAUCCAAGCUGAGGUGCAUGUAGUCUCACCCAAACAAGAAGCAGCCAAAGCUGUGGGAAAAUUAGCUUCUAUCUUCAAUAAGAGAAAAGGGACAACAAGCCCUGCAGAAGUGUUAUCGUCUCCUCACACAGAAGCUGGACACCAGCUUCCUUCUACCUCACUGACUGUCAAAAGGAAAUCCAAUGUGGUUCUUCAAGAGGAGGAUCUAGAGCUGGCUGUGCUUGAGAGCGAAUCCAUGCCAAAGUGCAGUGAGGCAGAGAGGAAGCAGUUCAUGGCAGCCUUCAAACAGCCCAGCCUGGAUGGGUCCAAAACCAAACCUGUGAAGAGUCAGGGAAAGCAGAAGCAACCUGGAGAGAAGAAUUUAGAUGCUGGAGACAAAGUUGCUGAGGAGGACAGUGUAAAUCCUCCCUCUGUUGAGCAAGUCCCUGCUGCCUCUGAGGAAAACAAUGUAACUAAAAGGAAACCAGCAAGAAAAGGCAGCAAGAAAGCUAAAGAAGAAAACAAGGAGGUCACCACCUCGCCUGCUGCAGCUCCCGCGGAAGAAACAUUGGCUACGAUUCCAGAUGUUGAUGAUAAAAAAGAGGAGCCCUCCGUCCCAUCUUUGAGGAGAUCCAGAAGAGAGGCCGUAGUGAGGCAAGCUCCUGAAACCACCCCAGCAACUCCUAUCAGAAAAACCAGGAAACAGAAUGAGAAAAAGGAUGCCGCUCCUGCUGUACCUGAGAGCCAUGUAAAGAUGUCCACCCCAAAAGCGCGAAAGUCUAAACAUGGGGUCUUUGUAGCAGAGAUGGUGUUUCCACCUGGCACAAAAGAAAGUCCAAUCAGGAUUAAAUUUACUAGAGUCCAUAAAAAUGUUUCCAUGUCAAAGGCUGAAAGUGAAAGUGGCAUUAACACAUCUGUGGCUACUAAAACAUCAAAUGAGUCUAAAAAAAGGAAGCAGGCAAAGAAGUUGGUGGAGAAAGCCAAAGUGAUACAGCAGAGUAAGAAAACAGCUGUCAAGGAGAAGGGCACCUUAAGGCGUUCGUCACGAAAUGAAGCGGCCAUCAAGAAAAGCUACUGUGAAAAUGAGGAUUCUGUCAUCUGCAUGGAGGACGACCAGACUGAACCUCCUCAGGCAGCGCCGGAAAAGAGUAAAAACCAGAAACCUUUGCGAAGCCUCAAUGAUGUUCUGGGCAAAGCAGCACCAGCUGGCAAAGAGACCAAGGCUCUCCCAGGCUCCAAAGUGGCCUCGCUGGGUCAGGAGAAGAGUGCUCGGAGGGUAUCCGCCGUGGUUUCCAUCUUUGAUGAGAGCAGCCGUGAGGGCUCUGAAAACUCCCAGGAUGAUGAGCAAUUCAGGGCACGCAGAGAGUUCUUGAAGAGUGGUCUGCCUGAGUCCUUUAGGAAGCAAAUUGCCAAGACCGCUGCCACCAAAGAGGCGUACUCCCUCUCCUGCUCCUCCUUUCAACCCGUUAUUCACAUGAUGCAACCACCAGAAGAUUGUCCUCUUUGGAGUUUACCGUGGCCUGAAUCUCCGUUGCUGUGUCAUCUGAAAGAGCUUUGGAGCCAGACAUCCAACUCUUUUCCAUCUGUUAGCGGCUCCUUUGGUUUGAAGACUGAACCAGCCCGUAGAGUCUUGUGUGAAAGGGGUUCGGGUUGGAGACCCGAUUUGUCUGAAAGUGUUCGUCAGCUUCUCGUGGAGGAGGUCAGCACCUCCAACCCUCCCUUCCCUGUUCAGAUGUUCAUCAGUCGCUUCCUGAAGAGACGCACCGACCACCAGCAGCACAGCACAGCCUCAGAACCAGAACCAACAAGAAUCACAAGCACAUCGAUGCCAGCUGAACCAGUGGGAGGGAAGAGGAAGAGGAUGGACGAUGAAGGGGAGAACGCAGUGAAGGUGGCUAAAAAGCAGCGGGGCAACCAUUCAGGGGAGAACAUUUCCACGCCUGAGCCAGAGCCAACGAAAAGGGGAGGCCGUACGAGACGAGCGCAGAGAUCCAAGCAAGAGGAGGAGGCGAAAGAAAAAGUCGGGCCUUCUAACAAAAGUGCUCCCAUCCCGUCCAAGGACGACUCUGUGAUUGUGCUGGAUGACUUGCUUUUGGAAGAGGAAUCUGUGAAAAAAGAUGUGGUGAAGGAGGACGUGUUGUGGACAGAUAAGUAUCAGCCCCAGCACUCCAGUGACAUCAUGGGAAACACUGCCUCAGUCAGGAGGCUGCACAGUUGGCUAAAGGAAUGGAAACUCCGUGCAGACCAAGAAGAGAGAAAAAAGCAGAAAGACAAGAAGCAAGAGGAAGGAAGCAAUGACUCUGACUGGGACUGUGGAGAAGAGGACUCCCAGGAUGGCGAGGACACAUUGUGUAAUACCAUGCUGAUCACAGGACCCACCGGAGUAGGAAAGACUGCUGCUGUCUAUGCUUGUGCCCAGGAGCUGGGCUUCAAGGUAUUUGAGGUGAAUGCUUCAUCUCAGCGGAGUGGCCGCCUUAUUCUGUCCCAGCUGAGGGAAGCCACUCAGUCACACCAGGUGGACAGUCAGGGGGUCAACGCCCACAAACCCACCUACUUCAACAGCUACGGCACAAGCAGUAGUGCUGGCGCUCUCAGGCCUGGAUCCUCUCCCAGAAAGGUUAACUCUCCUCGCAGGGUGGUUUCCUCUCCCAGGAAACCUCCCCAGUCGCCAAGAGGUGCUAAAAAAGGGGGUCUGGCUCCCACCUCUUUAGCUAAGUUCUUCAAAAUGGGUCGACCGACCAACAAGGAGCCACCUAACACCAAGAAGAGUGAACAAACAGCUGCUUCCAAGAAAGUCAUGAAAGGAAAUAAUGAGAGUGCCGAUAAGCUUAGAGACGUUGCAAUCAAAUCACCGACAGCUACCACCCCUAAAGAGAACAGUGAAGAACAGGGCAAGAAGACGGCCACCUCACUUAUCCUGUUUGAAGAAGUGGAUGUCAUUUUUGACGAUGACUCUGGGUUUCUAGCUGCCAUCAAGACAUUCAUGACCACUACCAAGAGGCCAGUCAUCCUCACUACCAGCGAUCCUGCUUUCAGCACCAUGUUUGAUGGCAACUUUGAAGAGAUCCAUUUCAAAACGCCAUCAGUGUUAAACGUGGGCAGCUACCUGCAGCUGUUGUGCCUGGCUGAGGACAUGAGGACAGACCUGUCGGACAUCAGCUCUCUGCUGAGGCUGAACGGCUGUGACAUCAGGCAGAGUUUGCUGCAGCUGCAGUUCUGGACUCGCAGCUCUGGGGGUCGCCACAUAACCAGGCCCCUGACGCACACUGACAAAAAUGUAACUGUCCCGUCCCCUCUCCCUUCCUGUGACACCGGCCUCACUGAGAGCAAGCUGGGCCUGCUGAAUAUUGAACCUGAGAGAGACAUCUGGGAUCUGCUCAGGAGCCGGAGUCUGGUGGAGGAGGCGGUUUGGGAGCUGCUGACAGACAGCAGGCGACGAGGAGUGGACCUGCUCUAUUCCAACAUGGAGACCCUCUUACCUCUACCACUCACACAGUUCACUACCUCUACCUGCAAACCAGAGCAAUCUGUUUCUGAAUCACAAGACCAGCAUCCUGUUAAUCCCAAAGAGCAGCCGUCGUCCACCUGCCUGCAGUCUGACACGCUGCCAUCUCAUGCCAGGUUGCUGCACACGUCAGUUAAAGUUUCUGACAGAAUGAGGAAGAACAAAAAUAGGCACUGUCGCCCUGUCCAAGCUGGACUGCAGUCUGACUCGGACUCGGAAGACAGUUUCGUAUCUCUCUGCAAGCUGCAGGUUGCUCCUCAGGCAAAGGAGGAAGUCAAAGUGAGAUUAGUUUCAGAAAGUGUGAAAAGGAAGCAACUCACUCCUGAGGAGCGGGUAAAAAGUCCACCCGUUUCCCAGUGUCUAGGAGCAGUAGCUGACUUUUUAGACAACAUUUCCUACGUGGACUCCUCCUUGCUUGCUUAUCCAGAGGGGUGUGACAUCCACAGAAGAAUGUCACCUGUCGGUGUAGUGGUGAAAGACGGGAUGACGGAUGAGCCGAGGGUUGAGACGGGCAGAUGGAGCUGGGCGAGGGGACAGUUUGUCUCAGAGAUCCAGGCUGCUGUGGAGGCGCUGAGCUUUCACAAGUGUCGGGGUUUGGUAGCGGAGGCCUGGGACAAAGCACAACAGCUGGAGGGGGAGCUGGGAAAAGAGGCUGCAGCAGAACUCGCCCUCCCUGUGGCUCCUCAUCGUGAAGGUUACAGCUUCACUCAGGACGGCCCCUGCCAGCCACAGCUGGUCCAGCGGAGGAGAAAAGUGAUGGCGAGUCUGAUGUUGAGAGGAGUGGUUGGUACUCUGGGAAACAGAUCAGCAGCUGCUCUGGACUACUUGCCAGCACUACGCACCAUUUGCAGAUCAGAGCAGCUUAAGGAGCAGGGCAAAGUUAAACGAAGAUUUCUGCACUACCUAGAUGCGAUCCACCUUGGUCUUGAAAAGAGCACUCUGCAACACCUUGCUGAAGAUUUCCCCUAAUCCACAGAGAAGGCCACACGUGUUCUCAUCAUCAUGCAGAGACCUUAGGUGAAUCUUACAUUUUAAGGUCCGUCAAUUGUUUGUGGCAUCAGGAGCACAAGGAUGGACUGCUGUUUGGUGAAGCUUCAACAUAUUUCCUCCAAGAUGGAAAUGACUGAAUACAGGCACGCAGCUAUAUAACCUCACAUGUUGUCUGAUUCAGCACAUUUUAUGGUGCUUUCAAAGAAUGCACUAAAUGUUCCUACUUUAUAUGAUUUUUGUAAUAUUAUGGUGCUGGAGUGUGUGUGUGUGUGUGUGUGUGUGUGUGUGUGUGUGUGUGUGUGUGUGUGUGUGUGUGUGUGUGUGUGUGUGUGUGUGUGUGUGUGUGUGUGUGUGUGUGUGUGUUUUGUACAGUAGUGUUUUGUAGCCUCAUUUAUCAUUUUGCUUUGUACUUUGCAAAGUCUUUUUAUGAAGUAUAACUUUCUUUUGAGGAGCAAGUGUGAACAGAUUAACAUGUAAAAUAGAAAUUUCUUAUGGAUAUGUAAAGGCUGUAUGUAAAUUGUCUUCACACAAAGUACUGUUGAUGCACUCAGGAUCUUGGUUUGAGUUCAACUUCACAGAAAGCAGACAGAUUUUCACAGGAUAUUCUGCUUUAUUUGUCACCUUCACAUUCAUCACAGUGUUUUGUUUUGCUCUAUUUUUGUUUUGUUUUUUUAACUUGAUGGGGUUUUUUUCCAGCCUUAACUCUGUAAACAUUAUCCUCAAUGAGUUUUUUGUUGUGACCAAAUAAAGGUUU